CAUUAUUGGGGUGUCUGUUUCAUCUGCAGCGGCAGCUGUGGGAGGUAUCUUCAUUGGAGCUGCAGGCCUGGGUGCUGAGCCUCAGGCUAAGGGGCCCAGGGAGGGAAGCUGCCAUCCUGCAGGGGCCAUGAUGGGACUUAGCACCCACUGAAGCUCCACGGCCUGAGGAAAGGAUCCAUGGCAGAGCCCCAAACUCCUCCUUACCGUCCAUCAAGAAGACUUCAUUUAUGGUCUCCCUAAAGCCAGAAGGGAGCCCUGAGGCACCUCACCCCAAUCUCCUAGGGUCAGAAUGCUCUGUGCAGUUUACUUAAUCAAGAUCCUAUAUUUGCACACCUUCAAGGCCAGAAGGCUCACUACCUCCCAGACAGCCCACUGUAUUCUGGGACAGCUCAAACUCCUGGGGAGUUCUUCCUGACGUCGAGAUGAAGCUGGCCUCUCUGUAACUUCCCUCCACUAUUCCUAGUGUUGUCCUUUGGGACCAAGCCCAGUGAGCCUCAUCUAUCUUCCAAAUGACAGCCUUCAGAUAACUGGACACAGCUCUCAUGUUGUCCUCAUCUCAAGCCUUCUCUUCUCCAGCCCAAACACCUCCGGUCCCUUCAUAUCAUCUUCUUUUGGCUUGUACUAAAGGACCUUUACCAUCCAUCCCACCCUACUGGACAAGGUCCAGCCUGCCAAUGUCCUUCCUAAAAUGGGGUCCCAGACCUGGACACAAAACUCAGCACUGAUAGUGCCUCAUUGGAAACCUUUGUGUUUGGUGACACAGACAGAAACCCCAGACCUGGCCCCAGCCCCAGAUCUGGCCACCCCCCAAGGGCUCUUCAUCCUGGCUUAUCCCUUUCUGAACUCUCGGUUCAACCUGGAUCGAUUCCUGCCUUCCCUGGGGAAUCUAAGGAUCCAGCCCCAGCCUGGGAACAGUGGAGAGGAAGGGGCUUCCAGUGGUGGAGGGAAGAAUGAAGGAAUAAGGAGUCAUAUACCUAACAGUCUCUCCACUGUGAGCCGGACCCUGGAGAAACUGAAACCUGGAGGUGGCAAUGCUGGUGGGAGUCGAGGGACGGAAGAGAGCUGAGGGACCUUAGGCUGGAUUCUGCCUGGUCAAACCCACCCCUUUUGCUUGGGGAUGCAUUGCCCAGUGGACAGGACAGGAAUGGAGAUCCCACCGAUCUCUUCCAACCCUUCCCAAUCUGGCUGCCUUGGCUUCCCUGGACUGUACCACUGAGACAGGAGACCAGCUGAAUAGUACGAAACCCCACACAAUCCUGGUGAUCACUAGAGCAAAAGAAGAGCUGCUAGAAACAUGAGAGGACACCUCUGAAGUGAAGGGGUCGUCUCACAGUUGGCCUCCCUAGCACCACAGAACUGCUCCAAACGGCGGUGUUCAGCCCAAAUGAGUUUCUGCUGGCCACUGUGACUGGUGACAGGAGAGCCUAGGUCCUGCAGGACCAGAGACUUCCCCAAAGUCAUGUGGAGCUGGGAAGGGAAGGCUGGAAGCCACAAACACCAGGAAGGCAGCAGGAGGCAGACUCCAUCAUGCCAUGUCUCCAUGCUCUACCCCUGUGGCCCUAAACAGGCUGCGUCUGGAUUUCUUUUUGCAAACCCAUUGUCUUAUUUCUUUGUCAGAGCCACAGUCUGAUUUCUUUUAAAACUGUCUCUUUUGGUACCACCUCACAUCUAUCAGAGUGGCUAAUAUGACAAAA